UCCUCAGUCUAAAGAUUUCUGUAAAACAUUUACCAAACCACUUUGAAUGCUAGCAUUUCAGAAAAAAAUCUGCUUCUUGUUAUCUGUUCUGAGGAGGCUUUCUGUGUGGAUGCAUAUUUAUAGGUAUUGGAAGAGAUGUUCUACUUACAGGGUUCUCAGAUGCUGCAGGUUCUGGAGAACUCCCUGAGGAAGCACCUGCCUGAGACCAUAAAGGUUUAUGGGACUGUCUUCCACAUGAAUCAGGGAAACCCAUUCAAGCUCAAGGCUCUGGUGGACAAGUGGCCUGAUUUUAAUACUGUUGUUAUUCGACCUCAGGAGGAGGACAUGGAAGAUGACCUGGACCACUACACCAACACUUACCUAGUCUACUCUAAGGAUCCCGAGAAUUGUCAGAAGUUCCUCAGCUCAGCAGAAGUCAUUAACUGGAAACAACAUCUACAGAUUCAAAGUUCACAGUCAAGCCUGGACAAAGUGAUAGAAAGUCUUGGAGCCAUUAACUUGGGCAAAGUCAAGCAUACACAGUGCUUCCUCUAUAUGAAAAGUGAAGCAGCAGAGAAAAUGGCUCCUUCCUUGGUGGAUGGGAAUAACUUAGAACAUAGCAGUGACAAUCCCAAGCCCAUUAAUCAAGAAUUGUUCAAAUUCACCUCCCUGGAUGUUACACAUGCUGCGUUGGUGAAUAGCAUCUGGCAUUUUGGUGGCAAUGAGAAAAGUCAGAAAUUCAUUGAGCGCUGUAUCCACACCUUCCCCAGCUCCUGUAUUAUGGGGCCUGAGGGGAUUCCCGUGUCCUGGGGCCUGAUGGACCACACUGGAGAAUUGAGAAUGGGAGGUACCUUGCCUCAGUACCGGAACCAGAAUCUCAUUUACCAUGUUGUCUCUCACCAGAUUCAAACUCUAGAUGAUCUUGGCUUCCCUGUGUAUGGACAUACAGAUAAAGCUAAUGUCACCAUUCAGAAAAUGCUUGCCAGGCUGGCUUAUGUCUCCAUGCCCUGUACUUGGAACCAGUGGAAUUAUGAGCCUCUAUGAAGCUGAAAAAAGUGAUGAGGGUACAGUCCUUGUAGACGGAGAAACAGCUGACUGAACAGAGAGAAGUAAUAAAUUGUCAUUAGGUGGGUGUGUGUUUCUAGAAAGCAGGGGUAUAUCAUGAACUGCACACACAGUUUCUCUGCCUUCACAUUGCUCACGCACUUAACUCCACUUCCUUGUCAUGCAGAAGGUCACUGUCUCCUGCUCCAACUCUGUCACAAGCCUCACAUUCUCAAGAUGCCUCCAACACAGUGGUUCUCAAACUUCCUAAUUCUGGUACCCUUUAAUACAGUUCCUCAUGUUGUAGUGAACCCUAACCAUAAAAUUAUUUUUCUUGUUAGUUUAUAACUUAAUUUUGCUACUGUUAUGAAUUAUAAAAUAUACAUCUGAGUUUUCUGAUGGUCUUAGGCAACCCUUGUGAAAGGGUCGUUUGACCCCUAAUGGUUUUGCAAUCUGAAGGUUGAGAACACUGCUCUAACGCAUUUAACUGAAUCAUUUUCUUUUCUACUUUGCUUUUAUAGCUUCUCAUCCAUGCCCAUUAGCAAGUAGGUUUGUUUGUGACCGGCCGCACCACACACAUUCAUACUGCCUCUGGCUUUCUGUUGUUUUUCUUUGAUUGACUGGAGGAGUAGCUUGUCAUCUAAAUACCUAUUCAAAAUCAUUCUCUCCCAGGUCACUUCCUAGCUGUUAUAUUGUUAGUAUGUAAAAACUACAAUGCAUACAUGCACAGAUGCACAAUGUGUGUGGUGAAGUCAGCUAUGUUUUUAGGAACUUAUAAAUUAUAUAAUGUAUAUAUGUAUAUGUGUGUAUGUGUAUUUACAUCUAUUUACAAUCUUAGUUUCUUAAAUAUUUAAACAUAUACCAAACUAUAUUUUUGAAUUUUAUUUUCACUUUAAUUUUUUAAGAUCUCUCUUAGCAACAGAAUCAUCCAAAAUAACAAAUUCUAAAAUUCAAGUAUAGGACUGGAAAGUUAGACUGAUCUUUCAGAGGACUCCUGUUUCAUUCAUAGAACCCAAAUGAUGACUCAACAAUCAUCUGCAACUUCAACUACUUGGGCUCUGAUGCCCUCUUCUGGCCUCUUCAGGCACCUGCAUGUGCAUUGUAUACACACACACACAUACAUGAACACACACAUGUGCAUGAACACACACAUACUAUGAAGCUUAAAGAAAUACAAUUCAAAUGUAAACAUAAUAAAUUCAGAGAAUUUAUAAAUACAAAAGAUCUUCCAGACA